AUGGCCAAUCUUGAUGGAGAUCUGUCGCGUAUGUCCAUAGGCGAUGAUUCGAUUAAUAAAUUUGGAAGGAAGGACAAGUUCCCAAGAGAAGUAGAAAUCUAUAGGCCUGGAAGUGGACCAUUAAAACGAAGUGGUAAUUCUCGCCAAGAUGUUGAUGAUGACGACAAACGGUCUGGAUUUGAUCGUGACCUUGAAUCAUCUAAAAAGAGUGAUUUUAUACCGAAUAAACAUUUUGAAAAUCCAAGUAGAAAAAAAGAAAAUUUUCCAAGAGGUCAAAAGAUGAAUGGCGUUGCAGCUGAUAACUACAGUACUUUUAAUUUAAAAAGGAAACAGCAAAAGAAAACACAACUAUUCUAUGAGCCACCCAAUGAAUGGAGUAAUGAUAAACGACCAGAUCGACCUCGAGUAAACUUUGUAAAUCCCAACGAUUCCAAAGGUGAUGAUGAUAAUAAUUGGAGAGCACAUAAAGCACCUAAUGUAGUGAUUGUUCCUAAAGUGGUUAAAAAAAUUGAUGAAAAACCAGCUAUUUCAGAAAAAAUCAUAACUUCAAGUGAUAUUAUACCUACCAUGAUUAUUAAUACACGUGUUAAUACAGUACAAAAUAUCCCAGAUAAAACACAUGGCUUUGGUAAUAAGAAACGAGAAGAAAAGAAAGUGCCUUGUAAACCUAUAAGUAGUGUUGUUUUAAUGAAUUAUGAAAAAUUGCCUCCUAGAUUGCAAAGAAAAUUUUGUGAUGAUUAUCAUAUCUCUAUGGAGGAAGUAGAAGCAUUGUUAACAAAUGGAUUACUGUCUCAAGAUGAGCAUAAUAAACAAAACAGUUCAUAUCAAUCUAGAAGUCAAACAUUACCUCCAAGAAGUAUCGGCAAGGGUCGAUUUCAUGAACCACAAAGACAUGAACCACAAAGACAUGAUCCACAAAGACAUGAGCCACAAAGACAUGAACCACAAAGGCAUGAACCACAAAGACAUGAACCACAUAGGCAUGAACCACAUAGGCAUGAACCACAAAGACAUGAACAGUUAUUUUAUAGGACUAAUUCUAAUCAACUGCCACCAAAGACUGAAACGAGGAGACAGCAAUCCGCAGUUGUUAAUACUGUUAAUAGUUCAACUGAAUCAAGUAGAAGAGGUGCUGAUAUACCUACCAAAGUUUAUAAUAGUCAUCAUGAAUCUAAAACUGCAGAUCAUAAUGCUAGGGUUGAUACUGAAAACAAUCAUUCUAUUAGUAUAAAGCAGCCUAUAGAAAGUGCAGUUUUACUCCCUAGUGGCACAAUUAAUUGGGCUGAAGAAGUAGAACGAGCAGAAAACAUGUCCAAAGUUGCAGAAGAUUCAAAAAAGGAAGUUGAGAGAUUAGAAACUGUUGAAAAAACAUUAAGUUCUCCUAGAGAUAGAAAACAGAGAAAGAGUGUCAGUAAGGAUAGAAAUUGUAUUAUUAAUACAUUACCUCCACGUGACCAACCAUCUAGCAGUACUCACUCUAACUGGCAUUCUCAAAGUAAUGAUAAUUCUGAAAGCUUAAAUAGUAAUGGUGGAAGCUGGAGAAAAGAAAAACCUAAAUCUAAUAGAAAUUGUAGUAAUGACCGAUCGAGGACUCGUUCACGAAAUCGUAAAAACAGAAAUAACAGUGAAAAAUCUGCACCACAUAAAUCUGAAAAUGUUGGUGGUAUUAUAAAACUACCACCUAAUGUGAAUGUCAAUUCCAAUGAUAGCAAGUCACUUAGUCUUAGUGGUUAUUUAAAACAGACCGUUCCAACCACAACCACGCAAUCUUCAUAUCCGGCAAAACAAUUAUUUAAUCCUAAUAACCCGAAUAAACCUAUAGUGAUAUCUCCUAAACAACAAAACGUCAGAGCAGGUUAUCCGCCUGCUAAUAUAGAACCACAUCAUGCUAAAGAACAUUUUCCAAUGAAUAUUAAUAAUACAAAUGCUCAACAAUACUCUGGUGCACAUUAUGGUAGUGCACCGCCUGCUUGGUAUGAUCCAUACACAGAAAGUUACCGUGCCUCAAUCUAUCCAGUUUUGUUAUUGGAUAUAAAAAAAGCGGAUUCUAUUAUAGGAAAUUUAGUUUUUGAACCAAAUAUGCUUCAAAAUUGGCCAAUAAUCAAUUCAUGCAGGGAGUUUUUAAAAGAUUCAUUAAAAGAGCUUUUAAAAUCAGACAUGAAAUUUUGCCAAAGAGAAAAUAUUGAAACACACUUUUGGAAAAUACUUUACCACAAUAUUAUUGAACAUCUAAAAAAACUUAUAAAUGAAGACUCAUCAGAAUUAGUAAAAGACUAUACCACGUUACUAAUGAAUUUAAUAGAAGAAGGUAUGAAGUAUAUGAAUGAUCUUUUAAAACUAUUGGAAAAACAUUAUAAUUUCAAUUUGGAUGAUUAUGUAUCUUUGACAUGCCUGUCUACAAAAAAACUUGGAAAUAUUGGUCUUGCUUUAAUAUCAUCGCAAAAAUUAUACAUAUCGUUAGGAGACUUGGCAAGGUAUAAAGAUAUCAUGAAUCAUAGCACUAAUUAUGUUAUUGCCAAACAAUGGUAUACCAAAGCCAACCAAAUAAACCCAAAAAAUGGUCGGCCCUACAAUCAGUUAGCGCUACUAGCUGUGUAUGAAAAACGAAAACUUGAUGCAGUUUAUUUUUAUAUGAGAAGUUUGAUGGCUUCAAAUCCUUUUCAGUCAGCAAAAGAUAGCUUAUUAUCUUUAUUCGAAGAAUAUAGAAGAAAGUAUGAAAUGACUGAUAGAAAACGUCUAGAAGAUAGGGAAAGACGUGAACGUGAAAAAGCUAAAGAAAAAGAGAGUUCCAUGUCGUCCAAAGAAAAAUACAGUAAAAGAAGGAAAGAAAUAUGGAUACACCCAGAUGGCAGUAAACGGUCUCAUAGAACAACAUCAUCCACUGAACCAAAUCAAGACAUUGAUGAGGAAGAACUAUCAAAACUGUCUCAGUCUGAAGUGAAUAAAAGGUUCAUUGUAAGUUUUCUACAUGUUCAUGGGAAGCUGUUUACUAAAGUUGGUAUGGAGAGUUUUCAAGAUACUGCAUUACAAAUGUUAAGGGAAUUUCGUAAGUUAUUGUCAAAUACACCAAUACCAAUCAUACCGACACGGUUUUUGCAGUAUUUGGCUUUGAACAUGUUUUCAAUUGAAUACAGUCGUCCAAAAGAAACACACGUUGAACAAGGAUAUUGGUCUACAGUUCAUGAGUGUGCUUUGGUAAUGUCAUUACAAAUGUUUAGUUUGAUUGUUGACCGAUGCAAUCAACUUUUAAAAGAUAUCUUAAAUAAAGAUGAUGGGUCUACAGCUAAACAGUUGAUUGGUAGUGACAUAGACUUUCUGUUACCGCCCAUUAAAGUAUGGUGUGAUUGGCUUCUAUGCAAUUCUAAAGUAUGGAAUCCACCUCCAUCAUGUUCGGAUUAUAAACUCUCUGGGACUGGGGAUUGUUGGUGUCGAUUAGCUUCAUUGGUAAACAAUUUGGAAAAAUUCCAAGAGCAUUAUAAAUUAGUCUUGAAUGAGCCUGAUGAAAGUGAUCCAAGUCUACGGCAACAACUUAAACUGCCUGAAGAUUCUAUGUUUAGUGGUUUUACACCAAUAAUUGGUUAUGAGCUAAAACCUACAUUUAUUUCAACUACUUCAGAUAGAGUCCUGUCUGAGCUCACACAUAGAGUGAAUUGUAUAUUGUUCUUUGGAACAGAAUUUUUGUGUGGAACUGAGCCACCUGUAUUUAAAUUACAUAAAACCGAUACUGGAGCAAGUGAAUAUAUUUCUGUUGUUGAAACAGCUAGCCCCAAAGACGAUAGUGAUGACGAGGAAAUGUGUUUUGAAAGUUGGAUUGAUGAGGAAAAUGAUUUGAAAUCAAGACCAUCUGAAGACAAAUCCGUAUCCGAGUUACAGACUAAACCAAUCUCAAAUGAAAUACAGAAGCUUCUAAGCAGAAAAGAAGAAUUGGAACAAAAACAACGGAACGAAGAGCUAAGACAAAAACGUGUACAAGAAAUAUUGAAACAAGCAUCGUAUUGUAUUGAAAUUGAAAUCAAGCCGCAUUAUGUUGUUCCAGACACCAACUGUUUUAUUGAUUAUUUGCCACAACUCGAGAAAUUAAUAUAUUCUUUAUCGCAUGCACAAGAACACACGUGUACUCUAAUGAUUCCCACAGUUGUACUAAUUGAAUUGGAAGGAUUGGCCAAAGGUGGAUGGGUCAGAGAUACAGUGUGUGAUGCUGCUAAACAGGCGUUAAAAAUAUUAAAAAACAUUGAUUCAGCUGCAGUUAAAUUUGUGACUACCAAAGGGUCAAGUUUUAAAUCAACAACAUGUUUUGAAGAAGAAAACAAUUUUGUGGGAAAUAAUGAUGAUAAAAUAUUGGCAACUUGUUUAAGUCUAUGUAAAAACAAUUCUCAACUACCUAUAGCUGAUAAUCCACCAGUAGAAGGGGAACCUAAAAAAAUAUUUAGAGAUGUUGUGUUGCUGACAGAGGAUCGAAAUUUAAGAGUUAAAGCUCUCUCGUCAGACAUGCCUGUAAGGGCAGUAAUGGAUUUCAUAAACUGGUUGAACUUCAUUAGUAGUUGA